GCUGGUUGAUGGUGUCGGCACAGCUGCGUUGCGACGAGCGGAAGAACCAUUGGGAGGACUCUCGGCCACCUCUCUUGAUUUAUUUUCACCCGAUUCCCGCUGUCGUCCUCAGGACCUCGAAGCACAGGUGGCUAAGUAUACAUGCCCUGUGCGUACAUUAUACCUUUUUUCUGACGUUUUACCGGUUGAGGCGAAACUAUGCAUGAGUUCAGAGAUAGGGCGAGCUGAUAGGGUCUGCUUAGGGCUGAAAACUGGGCGGUAUUUACCCUUUGUUUUAUUGACGGACCCUCUCUUAGAGUUGAAUUUCGACCUUCUCAGUUUUAUGCCUACUGCUCGGUGUAGUUAUGAUCAAAAAUGGUUUAAGCAUGUAAGAAAAUAAUUUUAUGGAUGUACCUUGCACGUGUUAAAAUUGGAAGUGAUUCGGACUCUUACUUCUCGAGAUAUUUAAGUUUUAAAUCAUGACCUUACUUUUGGGACACCCUGUAUAGUGUCUAUAUAUGCUUCAAGAUGCUGGAAAAGGUUGGUGAUUAAUAAGUAUUUCCAUUUUAGGUGCAUGUUCUUUGCAAGAAAUACAGUUGUUGUUGCUGUUGUUGUGGGUUAGGGCGCAAGAAAUACAGGUAUAUGUCAAGUUUAGGUCCUAACUAUAACUGUGACGCUGUUGAUACAAAUCUGUAACAGCAAAAAAAUUAUGUUUUAGGUUACGUUAGGUUGUAAGUUAUAGGUUGCAUUGUAGGUUUGUAGGUAGUAGAUUGGUAGGUUAUAGGUGAAAAGGUAAGGUUAGUUCAGGUUUGAUUAUGUUUUUCUUUUAGUUACGAGACAUAUAAGUAUCAUUUUUGGAUUCAGGAUGUCAAAUAAUGGUCGGAAACACUAAAUUCAAAAUGAACUAAUUUUGAAGCGGGGACCUCCAUGUGUACCGGCCAAAUAAUGUAAGAAUAUGAAAAAAUUAUCCAUGAAAUCUGCUUAGGACUUAAACUUGACAUUUACCCACAUGGCUAUAGGUAUCACCAGCAGAAUUAUAAUCUUUACAUAAUUUCUAAAAAUGCUGUAAGUGAAGAUUAUGAGUCGUGUAACCAUUGUUACUAUAUUGAUAUUAAAUAUUGAAUAGGUACAAGUCCGCCACCAACUUUAUGGAACAUUCCUUCUUCCAACAGGAUCACUUCCAAGUAAUCUGGAAGGCUGAUGCCAAGUACAUCUUGUGCGAGAAGCUUGAUAUGAUUCCUGACCUGGAACCGGAGUUGAUGGAGGGCACCACUGUGGCCUACCGAUGUCCGGCGUCAAAGGAAUCGGCCCUGCAGUGGAUUCAGCUGUACCAAGAGGCCGCCAACAUCACCCUGACGACGUACGACUCCAUGUCGAAUGGCCAAAGGGUGGUGUACUGGGCCAGGCUUCGUUGUCACCACGACGUCCCAGAAAAGCCGAGUCGUCCGAGGAAAAGCCAAUCCGCCAAGGACACCGGGUGCCCCCUGCGCCUGAAAGUGACUGUCGCCAACAUUCCAAAACGGAAUAGGUCUACAGACCCAUGCGCGGCUUACGAGCUACGGGUGACAUGUAACAAGAAGCCCCACAACCACGCCGUGGACAACGCUGCCGCUCUGAGACAUCGACGCGUCUCUGAGCUGACGAAGGCCCGGCUGAUGGAGCUGUUCCAGCACCACCACUCGCCCUCCACGGCGCUGGAGACCCUGAAACUACAGCUUCAGGAGGAGCAUGGGAGCGCCUACCCGUCGGUGGCCGCAGACCGAGCCAUUGUCCCAGAUAGGAUGGCCGUCUACUACCUGUACUACAAGCACUGUCGGGAGCGUUACCCAGCCUCGACCCCAGGAGGGCGUGCGACGUGGCCAACGGCCGGCAGCGGGCGGCACCGGUCCGCGGCGGCACCAGCCAAGAAACGGGCACUGUGACGCAGGUGACGGAGUUCACCUAUCAGGUGAAGUCGCUGACGUCGGUCGGCAUCACCUACCUGGUGGACCUGAACGUCGGCGCCUGCACCUGCAGGAUGAACCGGCGGACUGGCGGCUGCAAACACCUCCGAGCCGUGCGGCAGCAGACUGGCGCUGUGCCGGAGGCGACGGCGACAAAGGAGACGCGGAGGGCCUUGAUGGACAUCGCCAUGGGGACCAGCCAGCAGCUGCCAGGCAACUGGUUCGACCCUCUGGUCGCCGAGCCGUCCACCUCGUCACCUCCUGGCCCCACGCCCGCCAGCGCCCCCGGAGUCGCGCAGCCCCAGCCGUCGCCUGGUCCCGAGGAGUACGACGACGACGCAAUGGACUUCGAGGACCCCGCCGCUGCGGCGGCGGCUGUCAGUGGAGCUGAGCAGCGACGCUCAGAUGACCGGACACGCCAAACCGUGGCGUUCAUCCAGGAGUGGGCAGCCUUCAUGUGCGAGGCAGUCGUCCAGGACGACACCUGGGAGAGGGCUGCCGCUGCCUUCCAGCAGAGGUGGGGCCAGCUGCCCACUGCUGGCCGCCAGUCCGCUCUGCACCAGUUUGGGGGUGCGCAGGGCUGCCGGCGGAACGCCACCCAGAUUCCGGUCCAGCCGACCAGCACUGCCCGUCGCACCAGCACCAACGUGCGGGGUCGCGCUCGCUGGCCCGCUGGACGGCCGUGCCGCUCCGCGCGCACCGGGGAGCACGGCUACGUGGCAGCCUCCGCCAGGCGGUCGGCGGCGCCCCACAGCCUGGCCACCUGUGUUGACCAGAACCGCCCCCUGGGGCGCUGAGUGGUAGAGGUGAAGUGGGGGGAGACCGGGGCAAGUUGGUGCCAGGGGGGGGGGGGGGGUAAGUUGGGACGGAAGGGAUAUUUCCAAUACUUCUCGACAGUUGGCGUUCAAACUUAUUUUGUACAUGCACAGUAAUGCCGUCUGUUUGUCAACGUGGUGUCGGCGCGUGCUGAGGUAAGUGCUGUUAAUAAUCGCUACAAAUGUGUUUCAGGUACCAAAAGUGAUUUUUUUGCUGUGAAAAUAUCCUCUUCUAGUGUCGUUGUGUGUGCCUUUUUGUUUGCCGCAGGAGUACUGCAAACGUUUGUGUUUUGUCGUUAAUGCCCGCAUGGAUUAGCGAUGAUUGUUCAUGUGAAACAUGAAUAAAAAUGUGUUUAGAUAAA